CGACUUGUCGGACUUGUCGGGGUUUUCUCAGCUCUACUACUUACUCUGCAGCACUCACUUUCACAAUGCUGAACGAUGUUGCUCACCUACUUACCCGCCGAAGCUAGUCUAGUGCAUGCAUGGAGCCGGUGUUCGCCCCUCAUCACUUCAUCUCAAGGCAUGCUAGACAUCCACAACCGGCCGGCAAAAUCCUUCCCAAGCACUGAGAGCAUCUCGGCUCCAUCUGCUCCGCAACGUUCCAGCUUCCAGAAUGAUUGUAGAAAUCAGUAUUCUCAUCACCAAGAGUGGUUUGACCGACCUCGAGAUUCCUUGUAUCUCGCCGAGAGACUUCCCUCGUUCUGUGUCACACGACAUUCUGCAACACUCGAUAUCUUUGGGAUCCUGCUGGAUACUGCGUGGGUUUUCAUCUACGCAAAUUUAGGCUUCUCCGACUCGUCAAUGCCCGUUCGCGAUUCCACCAAGCGGAUUGGAUGUUGCGAUGGGUACUCGAGUUCUCAUGAUGGCUUGCAUAUGCAAAUGCGGUCAAGUGCGACUCGCAGAGCUCCCUGCCCUUUCGUCACACUCAUCGAAGGAUUUGCGAAUGCAAUCUUCGUUACUACGGAAUCGUCGUAUCAUCGGACGGCGCACCCAGGCUCGCUCAGGCUUGAGCCUCUCGGAGCACUUCAGAUGGAUCACUGAAGAUCGACUUGCAGUUUUCCUGCAGCCACAGCUCGAAGCCUUGCAUCGCCAUUGGCUGUGUGCGCAUCAAUUAAACUUGUGAUGGGUGACGGCGGAGAGGCUGGGCAAUGGCUGCCGGAU